AUGCUUAGGGGCGCCGCCAAGCUAACAAAAGAGGACAUCGAAAAAGUUUUCUCACUGUACGAUCGGGAUAAUAGUGGCUCAAUAGAAAACGAAGAGCUUAAAGGAUUUCUGAAGGAUCUGCUUGAGUUGGUGAAGAAGGAUGACUAUGAUGCUCAAGAUUUGAAGGCCUUCGAGGAGACCAUAUUGCGUGGCGUAGGUUACGAUAAAGAUGGUAAAAUCUCACGCAAAGAACUGACAAUGAUUCUGCUGACUUUAGCCAAAAUGCCACCAGAGGAUGAACAAUAAAUUUUUAGCGCACACAACACUAACAGCAACAACAACAACAUAACAAAUAAAAAGAAUUUGUCAAAUAAAAAAAUUUGAAUGUAGUGUGAAAAUAAAAUAUAAAACUUAA